GGGAGAAGCAGCCCACUGCCGAGCAGGGAGCCCGAAGCAGGGCUCCAUCCUGGGGUCCUGAAAUCAUGACCCGAGCUGAAGGCAGACGCUUAGCUGACAGCCGCCCAGCGCCCCUGGAAUGCUACUGUUUUAACUUGUAUUUUUUAUUUGUUUGUGAAGCUAAGCCUCUCUUCUCAUAUUUGCUGGCAAAUUGUCUUUUUUUUGUGUGGUUUGUCUGUCACAUCCUUUGUCCAUUUUUCUAUUAUGAUGUCUGUCAUUUUCUUGAAUUGUAGAAGCUCUUUGCAUAUUAAGGAAAUUUGCCUUCUGUCAUAUGUUGGCAGAUUUCUUUCCGGUUUAUUCUUUUCCUUUUGAGGCUUGCUUGUAUCUUUUUUUUUUUUUUUUUUUUUUUAAGUAAUCUCUAGACCCAGCAUGGGGCUCGAACUCAUGACCUUACGAUCAAGAGUCAGAUGCUCUACCAACUGAGAUUCCCUGAGUCUUGCUUGUACCCUGAGGGUCUGGGCUGGAGAGGGGAUGGGGUGCUGUCGUUUAGGAGACAGUGUGGUGUAGUAGGAAGACCACAGCUCAGCCUCUGUAGUGGACGUGGGUUAUUCUCUCUGGCUCCUUCGGCGUCAGAAUUCACAUUGGGAAUUUGUUUCUGAGUCUUGUGAGAAGCAGAACUCGCCUCUUUUGUAGGAGCUGGAGGCACUGUACCCCCUGCCCCACCUCCUCGCAGCACCCUGGCCACGUGACCAAGCUCCCUGUCCCCUGUCCCAGGCUGGGUCUCAUCCCUGGUGAUGCAUGCAGCCUCAACAUCCUUACCGUGGGCCUGGGCAUCACCCCCACCAGUUCGAGGGGUUUCCCAGUGUUUGGUCCUUUGUGGCUCCCUCAGCCAGAAUCGGUGCUCUGUUGCUUAGAACAAGACCAGACGUACCCAGCUUGCUGAAUCAGGUUUGGCUCUGGGCCAGCCGGGCACUGACCAUCCGGGGGACUCCCCUUCAACAAGCACCAAGUGCCAACCGAGUACUAGGAACCACAGGAGGGGGCUGGUACUGGGCCCCAAAAAGUAAGCAGAGCCCGAUGAUGGGGCAGAAAGAUGGGCGGGUGGGCCUGGGAAAGUAGAAAGUGGUGUGGAAGGAGUUCAGUAAGGACAACAGGUGAGGGGAGAAGAGACAUUCAAGUAUUUAUUCAGCACCUACUGUGCUAGGCUGGUCCCAGGCUGUAGGGCAAGCAGGAAACGGCAGAACAAACUACAUCCAUCCUUGCCUUCCCAGGGUUUUCAUUCUGAAGGGUCUCCAGACACAGGCUCUAGCGGGCCCCCUCUCCCCUCACUGUAGUGUCCUGGGCACAUAUCUGCCUCACAGGUUGUGGGAGGGGACAUCAAUAAUGACAAUAAGGGGGCGCCUAGGUGGCCCAGUCGGUGAAGCGUCUGCCUUCAGCUCAGGUCAUGAUCCCGGGGUCCUGGGAUCGAGUCCCACAUCGGGCUCCCUGCUUGGCGUGCCGCUGGUCUCUCAAAUAAAAUCGAAAAGGGGCAGGCUCAGAGUCCCCUGCCAGCAGGGGCCCGCAGCUCCUCUUUCUCCCCAUGUGGUCCUGGGACGGGAUAGAGAAUACACAUUGAGCACCUACUGCGUGCUAGGCCCUGGGGGUGCUCUCAGGAUGGAGCUGAAUGACCCCUCCUCACAGGUAAACGGGGACCUAGAACUGGAACACCGCGGAUUCGAAGGCCUGGGCAUGGGAAAGGGCUGACCGGGGCAGCCCGCGAGGACCAGCUACCUGUGGCCAGGCCACAGGAGGACUGUCUGGUGGCCUGGGGCCUGGAGAGGGGCCAUCGGCACAUGAAGAGAGGACUGGCCUUCCAGAGUCUUCUCCAGCCCCACCCCCCAGGAAAGUCUCCGAGUGUGGCCCCCACUUCUGCGUCCACCUUCUCAGGGCUGUGCCUCCAGAACACUGAGGUCUGGGGGUUGCUGCUGGGGGGCCGCGUGGGGCAGGGCGAAGAGGUGUGUUAGACCUGGCUCCCCCGCCCCAGCUGCGGGGCCCUAGCCGGGUGCCCUCCUUCUCCCACCUGUUUCCACAGUGGCAGGGGGACCCCCGGGUCCAGAGUGCUGGGGGCUAGAUGGAAUGCAGCAUAGCGGCUGGUUAGCUCCUGCCUGGGAAGGGGGAUGCUUUCCGGGGAGCACAAGGCAAAACUGGGUCAGUGAUGAAAGAGACCAGAUGUGGCGGUGGUGUCGUCAAAGUUCCAUCCAGGCUGCUGGCACCGAGAAUAUCAUCAAAAGCCCCCGGAUGAGUCAGGCGGGAGGAAAAGCAGGACGUCCAUCUGCUGGAGACGCCAGCGCUGUGGACCCUGCUCCUGCCUGCCACCCCCCGGGACCCUGCAGACAGCUAUGUCCUCAUGGUCGCCCUGCUCCUGCUCCGGCCCCGCGGGCCCCGCCAGCUGGCGUCCACGCCCUGGUCCAAUGCCCCCGCGUGCCGGUGCGUUGGGCCCAGUGGCUUCUACUUGAAGAGAGCAGAAGCGGGCAUCAGGCCGAGGUUAGGGUACAGACAUUAGGUCGCCGUGGCUCCUUGUGGGUUCUCUCUCUCCCAACCUCCUCCCUACCCCCCAGAUCACCUGCCCUGACAAAGCAGGCUUCUGGGGUCCCCAGGCCCAGCCCCGAGCACCUCUCCCUGACCCAGGAGAGGGACAGCUGGUUGUGGACAGCAUCUGGACUGUGGCCCUGGGCAGAGGUCCUGGCCGCUUUGUCUGCCUCACCAGGGCUCUGAGGACUCAGCUGAUGGCAAAGAGGCUCAGCUGGCCAAGUGCUCCGUGCCCUCACGGUUGGCUGUGACUUUUCAGGGGUGGGGAACAGCAAAGCCCCUGAGACACACUGGGGGGCCAGGAUGGGCCAAGAAAGGCUUGAGCACUGUGUUCUGAGAGGAGUCGCAGGGUCCAAGUACAAUCCUAGCUCUGUCCCUGCUGUGUGACCUCAGGCAAGGCAUCACCCUCUCUGAGCCAUGGUCUUGUUGAUAACACAGAUGACCUCACCUGCGUGGCGGGGACUCAGGGCAGGAGGGGACGGCAACCAGGGACUGAAUGUGGGAAGGCACCAAGAUAAGGGACACAGCUCCCUUGGAGGAGUCUUGUCAGGGCUCCUGUCUGACCGUGUUUGUGUUCAGGGAUGUCUGCCUCUGCGUCCACACCAUGUUAGUGUCUGUGUGUGCAUGUGUGAUCUGUGUGUGGUGUAGGCAGGUUUGUGGGGUGAGGUGAGACCCGCCUUAGUCCCAGCUCUGUGACACGGUGAUGACAGGUGGCCACGGGUCCGAGGCCCAGCCAGGACCACAGACCUGUGUUGUCCCAGCCACGGUGGCCCUUCUGGGUGCGGUGGUCUGAUUUCUAAAGUAAGAUCAAUGCCAAAUCCUGUAGGAAAACAAUCCGAUCGAGAAGGUUUCAGAUGUUCUGAGAUAAAAUAGCAUUUCUUGGGAGGAAAGAAACAAAGGAAGAGGGUAGGUUUGCAACCAGCUUAUAAAAAGAAGCACCCAGCCAGACAUGAACCUUGCUCCCUUUCUGAAAAUCCUGUUGGUUCCCCCGCCGCACCCCUGUGCUACAGUUUCUACAGUGUCCACACACCUUCCCAAACAACCUCCUGGCUUGCCACAUGAGGAGCAGGACCAGGGUGGAGGGGUGUGGCAGGCCGCCUCUCCCCACCUCUCAGUCCCACACUCACACACCGCCUGGGGGGUGACUCCGCUCUCGCCCCCACUUUCCAGGUUGGGAGACAGAGGUGCUGAGUGGUUCUGGAAUGUGCUCGAGGCCAGUGCUGUGGGGGUGAGGGCCCGGGAGCCCAGGGAGGGACGUGGAAUUGGCUGGUAGAGACCACUGGGGCUUGAAACGCUGGUCGUCCAAAGCGAGGAUGCUUCCUUGUUGCUCUAAAAAUCCAUGAUUUGGAAGCAUCAAAAGAGCCAAAUGGGAGUGAGUCAAACACAUUAGGAAUGGUUGUUUCGAUCAGCUGGUCCCUCCGGUGACCUGGGCUGGCGGGAGCUGGGUUAGCCAGGUGCAGGGGUGAGGCAUUGGGAGCGGGGUGACAUCACACUGAUGCGGCCGACCAGGGCUUGGCAAACAUUUUCUUAAAGGAACAGCUAGUAAGUAUUUAGGCUUUGUCACAGCUACUGAGCUCUCCUCUUGAGAGCAGGGUCAGCCACGGAGAGUAAGUGAACCUCUGUUCCAGGUAAACUUUAUUUACACAACAGGCGGCCGCCUGAUUUGGCGCCUGGGGGGCUGAAGCUCCUGGGGCCCUGCUGUGGGCCUGCUUGGAUUGAGGGAGAAUGUCAGUCUGUUCGAGCUACUAGUCACCCAGCAGACAUGGAUUUCUCACAGUCCAGGAGGCUGGAAGCCUAGGGUCAAGGUGCCUCGUCUGCUUGUGGUCUCCUUGGGUGGAAGGCGCAAGGCCCUGUGGGCACUAAGUCCUCAGAAGGCCCCCCUCCUCACUCCAGAGCAUUGGGGGUUAGGAUUUCAACACAGGGAUUUGGGGUAGAGACACAAAUAUUCAGUCUGUGGCAUGGAAGAAGGCCACAUACUGUUGUUAAUAACAAGAAAGAAACCGGUUACACAACAGAAAUAGUUUGCCCAAUGAGCUCACUCAGCAAAUAUGUCCUGAGCAUGUGCGGGGUGCCAGGCCCAGCCCUGGCCCCAAGGACCUAGCUGUGACAGGGGGCAGGCCAGGCCCUCACGCUGGACCGUCUGAUGAACCAGGUGUGGCAAGGACUCAGACGCGGAGGGAAAUUUGAGAAGUAACACAGAUGUGCAUGGAAAAAAGGCUGGAGCGACACACAUCAAAAUGUUAGUCCUGUCUAAGCCUGGGUGCUGGAAUUUUCAUUUCUACGCGCUCCUACACUGUUUGUAAGUUUUCAACAAGGACCAUGUGCUCUUACUUGCUGUACGACAAUAAGAACAAAAUGUAUGAAUGGGGGUCUCGUUCCCGAGUCUGGCUGCUGGAGCUCCCCCCUCCCCCGCCUUCCCGGCCCUCCUUUGUCCCCGGAGCCCUUGGGGGGCCCUGGCUCUGGAGACUCAGGAAGGCCACACUGGCCCGGGAAUCACAGACCAGGGUUACAAGCAAUCUGGCUUUUUCUUCUGCAGUUUCUUUCCAUUAGGGCCGAGGCCCUGGGUCACCCUGGGGAGGCAGCCACAUCCUGUGAGUCUGUGGCUGGAGACCCAGUGGGUCCAUUAAAAUCUCUGGACCGCAGACCCUUGAACUCCCAAGCUCUGAAUUCUUUCCUCUCUCCCCGUAGUGGAAAUGUCACCUCUUAGUGGCUGAGGUGCUGCGUGUGUGAGGACUGCACCCAUGCGGACAGCUGCGUGCCCCAGGGCAGGUUCCUGAACUUUGGGGUGUCCCUUUCCUUAUGCGUGAAAUGGGGCUGUUGUGAGCAUCGUGUGGCUUCACACCACUGCGGUCGGCAUGGAGCGUGCGCGGCGGGCGGGCAGGUGCCAUAGCCGUCCACGUCUGGCAGAUAUUUGUGUCGGUUGCAGAGGUCAAGGUGAAGUUGAGCCUGGGGGAGCCAGUCCUCAGUGGAAAUCCCCCCGAGGCCUGGCAGACCAAGGAGCCAGGCAGGGAACCCCUUGAGCCUUGUGGGAGAUGUGAGGCCUGCCUGCGUGGGGCUGGGUGGCCCACCUGAGCCCAGCCCCUUGCCGGUAUUUCGCAGUCUGAUCCCCAUGGAGGUUCAGAGAGGCCAAGGAGCCUCUCCCAGGGCACAGCUGGGGCAGGUGUGCUGGAGAAGCUAGAUCUGGGAGGCCUGGGGCCUGUAAGCCCAAGAUUCACCACCACAAGCCCACAGGCAUGGCUGGUAGGCUAGACACUGACCCCCCAGCUCUGGGAAGCUGGGGCUGGGAAAGAUGCGGGGGCUAGAAGGCCCAGAGGGGCUCCAGGCUGGUCUCCACAGAGUAGCUAGCCCUAACAGCUGGUUUCCACAGCUUCUGAGGAAUGACACGGAGGCUGGAUGAGGCCGAGUAAGGGGGCAACGAGUGGCCUCGAAUCCCUCUGUGUGUCUCACUGCCCCUUGCCUCUUUAUCCAGGUGCCUGGGAAGCGAGCCCACGUGCUGGAGUCCAACUGCCUCAGCCAAGCUGCAAGGAUUUUCCUUGUUUCUGCAAACGGGGCUCAGGGUCUCGGGCUUCCAGGUGCGCCUGGGGUGCAAUCCCGCGCUCUUACCACCAGGGGUGCUGUCCACGCACAGGGUCUGCUGGCGGAGGCUGCUGCUAAGACCUGUCGCUGCCUGACCCGACCCACGAGCAUACUUGUCCUGACCCCAGAAUCUUCUUCUGCAGCCCUGGAGGCCAAGGCUGAACCCUGGUCGGCCCAAGGGCACAGACCCCGGCACACCAGAGAUCCAGUCUCUGCAGCCCUGGCCCUUGAGCCCCCUUCCCCUUAAACCCUCUUCUUGUCCCCCUCCCCCUGUGGCUUUUGGCCAGGCCUGUGCCCUAUUUUUAGGCAAACAUUGGCAAAGAGAAUGGCCGGGAGGUGGCUUCUGCCUCUGUUAGCACCUCCUCUUCCACUCAGCUCCCACUGGCAGGUGGUCUAGGGCAUGGGGAGAAUCUGGGGCCCCCUAUGGAGCCCGGUCCCAUCUGGCUGCCGGGGAUAGGUGUGGCAGGGCCCCCAGGCACUGCCAGGUCAGACUCUGACACCCAGGACAGUCAGGGGCUAUCCCUGCUCCUGGACUGCAAGUUCACCCCUCCCGGGGUGGGGGUGCCUGGCCCACAUUAGGUGCCCAUGAAAUGCUUGUUGGCAGGUGCUGCUUCACCAAAUGCCCCCUCCAGAUGGGGUCCAAGAGAAGCAGGGAGGAACACGGGAUUUGGUGCUAAACCGGGGGUCCAGUUGCCCCCCCCCAACUCGCCAAAGGUCCUGGCAGCUCUGAUGCCCACUCCCAGGCCCCCCGGGGCAGCCCGGGGAGGACACUGUCCCAGGGGGCCAGGGGGCUCUGCACAGUGUGGGAGGUCGCUGCCUGGACCUACCCCAAACCUCUCGGCCCGGCUUCCCCGGGGCGGAUUUGAACCCUGCCAAACCCGGCAACCCCGAGGGGCGAGGGGCGAGGGGCGAGGGGCGAGGGGCGAAGCCGCACUGAGAGCCGGCUCGCCCCUCCCGCAGAGCGCUCCUUGCCCGUGCCCCUCCCACGCCCCGCCCCUCCAUGGCUCCCCCUCCUCUGCCCGCCCCCCACCCAGGCUUCAACCCUUCCACUGUCCCUCCUCUGUCCCCCCUCCCCGGCCACCCUUCUGCAGUCCCCGCGUGGUGGCGGCCGCGGGAGCCACGUGUGUCCGCGCCCGGCGGGCGUGCAGGCAAGCGUGGCCACGCCUGGCCCGGCCAUCAUUCCCGAGGCGGCGGCGGCGCCGACUGGGCAGCGGCCCCUCGGUGCGCCCAGCCGAGUCCCUGAGCGCCGGCGCCGGGAGCAUGAGCGCGGGCUCGGAGCGCCGGGCGGCGGCGCCCCCCGGAGUGGUGCCCGCGCCCCGCGCCUCCAAGGUGGAGCUGCGUCUCAGCUGCCGGCACCUGCUGGACCGCGACCCGCUCACCAAGUCCGACCCCAGCGUGGUGCUGCGGCUGCAGUCCCAGAGCCAGUGGGUGCAGGUGGACAGAACUGAGGUGGUCAGGAGCAGCCUGCACCCCGUGUUCUCCAAGGUCUUCACGCUCGACUACUACUUUGAGGAGGUACAGAAGCUGCGCUUUGAGGUCUAUGACACGCACGGACCCAGCAGUCUUGGCUGUCAGGACGAUGACUUCCUUGGAGGCAUGGAGUGCACCUUGGGGCAGAUCGUUGCGCAGAAGAAGAUGACCCGCGCUCUGCUGCUCAAGUUCGGCAGGAACGCCGGCAAGUCCACCAUCACGGUGAUCGCUGAGGACAUCUCCGGGAACAAUGGCUACGUGGAGCUCUCCUUCAGGGCCCGGAAGCUGGAUGACAAGGACCUCUUCAGCAAGUCGGACCCCUUCCUGGAGCUCUACCGGGUCAAUGAUGAUCAGAGUGAGCAGCUGGUGUACCGGACAGAGGUGGUGAAGAACAACCUCAGCCCCGUGUGGGAGCCUUUCAAGGUGUCCCUGAGCAAUCUGUGCAGCUGUGAGGAGACGCGGCCUCUGAAGUGCCUCAUCUGGGAUUAUGACUCCCGCGGAAAGCACGACUUCAUUGGGGAAUUCUCCACCACCUUUGAGGAGAUGCAGAAAGCUUUCGGGGAGGACCAGGCCCAGUGGGACUGCGUGAAUGCCAAAUACAAGCAGAAGAAGCGUCAUUACAAGAACUCUGGGGUGGUCAUCCUGGCAGACCUGAAGUUCUACAGGGUUCACUCGUUCCUGGACUACAUCAUGGGUGGCUGUCAGAUCCACUUCACGGUGGCCAUCGACUUCACGGCCUCCAAUGGUGACCCCCGGAACAGCUGCUCUCUGCACUAUAUCAACCCCUUCCAGCCCAACGAGUACCUGCAGGCUCUGGUGGCCGUGGGGGAGAUCUGCCAGGACUAUGACAGCGACAAGAGGUUUUCUGCUUUGGGGUUUGGAGCCCGAAUCCCUCCCAAGUAUGAGGUGUCCCAUGACUUUGCCAUCAACUUCAACCCUGAGGACGAUGAGUGUGAAGGAAUCCAGGGUGUGGUGGAGGCCUACCAGAACUGCCUGCCCAGGGUCCAGCUCUACGGUCCCACCAACGUGGCCCCCAUCAUUUCCAAGGUGGCCCGCAUGGCCGCGGCCGAGGAACACACUGGGGAGGCCUCCCAAUACUACAUUCUGCUGGUCCUGACCGAUGGUGUGGUGACCGACAUGGCUGAUACACGGGAGGCCAUCGUGCGUGCCUCCCACCUGCCCAUGUCCAUCAUCAUCGUGGGGGUGGGCAACGCCGACUUCACGGAUAUGCAGACCCUGGACGGGGACGACGGCAUCCUGCGCUCCCCGCGGGGCGAGCCAGCUCUCCGAGACAUUGUGCAGUUCGUGCCCUUCCGGGAGCUCAAGAGCGCGUCCCCGGCAGCGCUGGCCAAGUGCGUGCUGGCCGAGGUGCCCAGGCAGCUGGUGGAGUACUACAGCUACAAGGAGCUGCCCCCAAGAGGCGACAGCACCCACGCCCGAGAGGCCGGCCCCCCCGAGAGGGCCGGGCAGCCGGGAGUGCGGCCAGUCUCUGUCUCCAGCACCCUCGAGGUCCCUUAGGCCCCCCGCCUUCCAGAGCCCUCCUGUGCCCACCCGGCCCGCCCCUGUCGUCCUGUGAGCCUGCUGCCUAGGCCAGCCGUCCGGGACCCCCAAGGCUGAAGGAUGAACAAAUCCAGGCCUGAAACAGGAGCUGAAGGUGUGGGGGUGCUGGUGGUAGCCCCCCAUGCCUGGCCCUGCCUCCACCAGGCCGGUGUAGAAUGGUGGGGGGCACGGACUCCUGAGAGAGCAGGAGGCCUGGCAGCUCAGCCCCAAAUGAAGGGAAGUUUAGGGAUUGGGGGAUUUCUGCUUUGCACCCGAUCUUCACUGAGGAGGGGCCCGCAGGCUGCCUUCCAGUUGUGGAGAAAACCCCAAGAUGCCCCCAGACCCCUGAUCCACAGUCAAGAUUCCUCUUUGCUCCCUGCCUUCCUCUCUGCUCACUCCCACCUCCGCACCCAGGUUUAUGGGGUCUGCAGGUGGGGGCUGAGCAUAAUAAAGUGUCAUCCUGUCCUCGAAGCAGUUUGUGCAUUUACUGCCCCCAUUCUUGCCUCCCCAGCCCUGCAGCAGAGGACUGCACCCCUCGGGAGGGGUGGACAGGCGAGUCGGGCCCCCUCCCAUCCCCACACUGGGACAGGGAGUCUGCUAGACUCAGGCCCUCGGGGUCCUUCCUGGACGGAAAGGAAGGGCCCUUUCAGGAACACAAGGGUGUCAGAGGCAAUACUCCACCCAAGGAAGGGCCAGAGGAUGCAGCAGCUGCCCCCAUACCCUGAGUGGCCUCUCCUUGGCCUUCAGUGAUCCGCUGCUCGAAAUCUGCAUCAGCCAGGCUCAGGUGGGGAGAGGCUGUCUGGCAGGAACCCAGGGGCCUUUAACCAGCAACUCAGCUUUACAAGGACCUACCAUGCUAUACGCUGUCAGGGGAGGGAGCACCACCUGCCAAAGCCUCCCAGCCCUGUGGGGGUGGGUUUCUGAUUGAGAUUUCCCCUGAAACAUCUUGUCUGGGAAAAACAAAUUGUCCUGACCCUGAUUCUAGGCCCUCCCAUCCACUCGCUCAUCCAUCCAUUCAUCCACACAUCUAUCCAUCCAACCUUCCCUCCCUCCAUCCAUCCACCUAUAUCCAUCCAUUCAUCUACCUGUCCACCUGUCCAUCCAUCCACCCUUCCCUCCUUCCCUCCAUCCACUGGUCCGUCCAUCCAUCCAACCAUCCAUCCAUCCAUCCAUCCAUCCAUCCAUCCAAUCACCCUUCCAUCCAUCCAUCCAUCCAUCCAUCCAUCCAUCCAUCCAAUCACCCUUCCAUCCAUCCAUCCAUCCAUCCAUCCAUCCAUCCAUCCAUCCAUCCAUCUAUCCAUUCAUUCACCCAUCCAUCCAUCCAUCCACCCCCACCCACCUAUCCAUCCAUCCACCCUUCCCUCCCUCCAUCUAUCCAUCCACCUAAUCCAUCCAUCCAUCCACCCACCCACCCAUCCAUCCAUCCAUCCACCUAUCCAUCCAUCCAUCCACCCCCCCCCCACUCUGGAGGUCUAUUUUUAGCUCCUGAUUCAUCUCCUGUUAGGCAAGGAUAAUGGGCAUUGCCAUGGUAACCUAGCUACUGCUGAAUUCUGGAAGAGCCAAUGUUGGUCUCUUUGGGGAUGGAGAGGACAAAAGAGAAACAGCCCCCUCCAUUCACACUGGGAGGCAGCAGGGUUCUAAGAUGGGAGGCUGUGUCAGCUCUGUCCUGACCCUGCCACCAAGUCAUGGAUGACCAGGCCCCAAUUUCAGUGGUAGAAAGCCUCAGACCGUUCUGGGUUCCAUUCAGGGGUGAAGCCAAGGGAAUUGGUCAGUUAAGAUGCCAGCAGGGGCAGAAGACACAAAGAGAGCUAAGAAGAAUGGGAGGGGGUUUAUGCAGGGGCUGAGGGCAGCAGUGGUAGGCCUGGGAAGCAGCUCUGGGCCAGGGCAGGGCAAGGAGCCUGAUGAGCUGGCAGUGGAAUAAGGGUCUCUUUUUGGAGCUGUUGCCUUAGCAAGGAUGUAGCCACUCCCAGAACGUGUGAAUCAGAGAGGGAGCAGAGGUGUGAGGCCCCCACCUCUAUCCUCCACCCUUUCCCUCUGCCCUUUCUCCUUGGGCCAGCAGGAAGCUGGGAGCAGUCAGGCGCAGCCUACAGAGGAUGCUCUCCUGGACUGGAAGGAAACAGGAGGCUGUGGGCUUGGGGCCUGGCCAGUAGGCAGGCUCAGCUGGGCACACGCAGGUGUGGGGGGAGCUGCUGGGAGAGGUGGGGUAGGCACGGGGUCACCAGCUCAGCUGUCGUGAUAUGGCGACUGCUCCAAGUCAGAACCCAACCUCUGCCCGGGCCUGAGCUGGCCAGUGAGACUGGGACUUUUGUUGACCUCUGGCUUUUCCUUGAGUUGCUGAGCUGGUGGCAUGGGAGCCAGGAGCAACUGGUGACCCCUCUGCCACCAUGUGGGCUGGGAUUGCCUGGGAAUGAGCCAGAGAAAUGGCACUGGGAAGUGCCUAGUUCUGAGCCCUGAGCUAAGUAAGACUGGACUGCUGAGGGAGCCGAAAAUUCCCUCUCUACCCAGACCAACUGGUGGUGGGUUUCCAUCACUUGCCACCCAAAAAGCCUGGCCUGGAGGGAUGGCAAAUACUCCCAUUUCAUAGAUAAGAAAAGCAAGGCUCAGAACAGUUAAAUCACUUGCCCAGGAUCACACAACUGGCCAGUGGCCGAAGCGGGACCCACUGGCCCCAUGCAAUUCCAGGAUUUAUGUCUUUUGCUAGAACACCUUCCAUCAAGGGCUAUGAUCUGUCUGGCUCCAGGCUCCAGACAGGCUUCCCGGGAGGGGACUAGGACCAGGCAGCCAGAAAUCCACCAGCUGUCACAGUGACCUGCAGAGCAUCACUCUUGCUCAUACGGCACAGGGCUCAGGGUUUCUCAGCAAUCAGGACCAGAGAGUGUGGACCGGGGCCUCCCUGGCAGGAGCCACCCUGGGAUUGACUCACUUCAAAAAUUGCCCCCAGCACACUUUGGAGUGGCCCCCUUGUCAGAGGAUGGAUUUGGGAUUUGCAGACAGCGAAUGUGCUUUCGGUGGCCAGCUGCGUAAGCCCUGGUCCAGAGUCAGACUGAACACCUGGCUCCAGCUUCCAGUAACUGCGUGACCUUGGACAAGUCACCUCCUGGUCUGCCACCUGGGAGUAUAACAGCUUUAAGUCAUGGCCCCACUUCCUUGGCAACCUCCUUCUCCUAGAACCUGGGAAUGCUUAGGGUCCUACAGGACCCUCUGUUUGGUCAUGAAAAUGCUACUCCACUGCUUUGCUCACUUAAGACUCUGGCUCUUGGGACCCAGUGGCCAAGCUGCAAAGAAACUGAAGCUGUCCAUGCAGCCGAGGCCCCAGCUGUCUGGCCAGGUGUGUGUGACGCCAUGUGAGGGGUCCUCCAGCCCGGCUGAGACCCUGACUGCAUCCUCAGGAGAGGGCCUGAGCCAGAUCCCCUCGGCUGAUCCUCUCCGGUAUCCCUGCCCCACAGAAAUGGUAUGAAUUCCUCCAGGUUUGCUGUUGUUCUAAGCCACCAAGUUUUGGUAUAAUUUGUCAUGCAGUAGGUAACUGAUACAUCCUCUUCAAAAGGGUCUUGUGAGGACUGAAUGGGUGGUGCCCAGGGCCUAGCAUAAAAUACAGUUGGGUAAAUAAAUACCAGUUUUCCAAGGAGCAUGGCUUCUCUUUCCUGUCCUGAGGGAGGACUGUGCCAAAGCUGCGCCUCUUGUUAACUUGCCCCCGGCCCUGCUGGCCAUCCGCCGCCCCCCCAGAGCCCAGGCUGGGCCUCGGAGGCACGGACUCUGGGUCAGGGUCCCCCACCUGAGGGCCUGCCCCCCCAGUCUCAGAGUCAGCCACGCUGGGGGGAGGAACAGGGGCAGCUGGGCAUCGAGGCUGUUCUUUCUUCCUUGCAGGCAGGCAACUGUGACUAAGUACUCCUAAUUGGUGCGGGGGCGGGAGCAGGGCUGUCAGACGCAGCACAGGGGGGCCCGUGGGCGAGACCGGCUUCCGUGUUCCCCAUCCGUUGCCCCCUCCCCCUGCCACUGCACUGAUGCCUGCCCCUGAGCAAGGGCACCUGGGACCCUUGCCUGGCACGGACCCUCUUCCUCCCAUUAAGGCCCACAGCGACCGCGGAACCCCGUGCACGGAGGCCUCCAGUGUCCCAGGUCCUCACCCCGCUUCGCUCCAGCUGCGCUGCACUGAGUCUCCCCAAAUCCCCGCCCCAACCUCCCCUCCCAGGUCGGCCUCCUGUGAGCACCAUUUCCCAGAAGGGGAAGGAGCUCAGAGAAAUUAAGCCACUUGGCCCAGUAAGCACAGCUGGAGGGGGGGGCCUGCGUGUCCUGAGCGGGGCCUUGCAGCCAGGUUCUGAGGACUCAAAGCCCAGAGCCAGAGCCGCCAGGCCUCGGCUGGGGGCGUGUGUGCGCGACCG